AUUUCACACACCACUUCACAUUUUUCUUCUUCUAUUUCUUCUCUUUCUAAUGGCGGCCUAAAAUCACUAAUUCUUCGUCUUCUUCUAAUCUCUCUAUCUUCCAUGGAAAAUUACUCUCAGGAUAAGAAGCGAGUUCGCGACGAGUUCGACGACUCGCUAGCCGAUUCGGCUGAGUCCAAGCUUAGACGACUCAACUCUAAGGAGAAUUUGAAUGUUGCUGCCGGUGAUUUGAAUAUUGAUGAUUUGGUGGAAUCUGAGGAGAUUCAGGAUGAGUUACUCAACAUCCUUGAAGAUUCCGACGCUGUAGCGGAGCGGGAUGAGAGUAUCGAAGGUCUUGAACUGGAUUCGUUUAUUAAAAGUUUCGAGGAAGAGAUUCAAGCCUUGCCGUCGGCAGAUCAGAAUGAAACUCCUCAGGCGGAACUAGGAUAUCUGUUCGGGGCGUCGGAUGAUGAGUUAGGGCUUCCGCCGUCCAGGGGAGGUUUGAGUACGGAAGGGAAGAUGGAGGCGACUGAUUUUAUGCCUGCUUGUUGUUCUCCGGAUGUGUUUGAGUUGGAAGGGAAGUUAGGGUUUGGAGAUGAGAUUCCGUGUUACGACUCGUUCGAGUUGGGAAUGGGGAUUGGUUCCGGUGCGGCGGAGGAAAAUGGGUUGGGCGCCGGAGAGUUUGUUGCAUUGGGUGGUUUGUUUGAUUACUCCGACGUGCCGUUUCGGCCGGAGUCGUUAUCGGCUUUGUAGAAACGGUUUUCGAAUGAGGGGAGGUGCUUUCUUGGUUUUCUUUUAGGGUCGGGUUUUCCACGUGUUGCUGCGUGGGACCCGACGUCGUUUUAAGCGUGUAGGUUGUAAAUUUGAAAAGAGCAAAAAAAGAAAAAAAAGAAAACACAAUUUUAGAAUAGAAAUGCAGAAUUUCCUAAAAAUAUGUUUUAUUUUUAUUUUUAUUAUUAUUAUUUUAAACCAAAAAAAAAAAAGAA